AUGGUUGAUCUAUCAAACUAUCCCUAUCCAUCAUACGAAUCGAGCAAAGCAGCUGGCGGUAUUCUUGCUGCUGUCAUCGGUAUUUCGAUGAUUGCAUGGAUUUUUCAAUCAAUUCAAAUACGUUUUACACCACGUCGACCUCUCAUUCUGCUUCUCGUUUCUCAUCUGACUGUCUUCGUUCAUCUCGUAUUACGUGCAGCACUUUCAACUGAGAAUCGUAACUCGAGAGCUGGCUUUACAGCCACAUCAUUCCUAAUUGUCAUUGGUAUGCGCGCUAUUAUAAUAGCAAAUUACGAUUUUCUUACACAAGUGGGUAACCUGAAAAAAUGGAUGACUCGAGCUAUUGCCAUAGGACCGGUUCUAGUCGCUGUUACAUCAGCUAUUCUUAUGGCUCCAGCCAACACAUCAUCAUACAGUGCCGACACAAGAGAUAGAAGUUUUCGACUACGACAAGCAUCAUCUGUUAUGGUUCUCAUUUUGACUGUUGCCUUCUAUCCGAUUUGGUUUGCGACUAAAGCGAUGAAACAUAUGACAAAAUUAGCCAUUAUUCUUUUGAUUAUCUCCAGUAUCAGUUGUUUAUUUGUUUCUAUCUACCUGGUAAUUACAUCAGUUGACGUUUACUAUGUUGGCUCGAAUGACCAAGAAUUUUGGUUUUACGUUUUUCAAUUCACACCCAUCGCCAUUGCACUACUGACAUGGACUAUAUUGCAUCCCAAAAGAACUUUGGAACCAAAACCUGAGCCACCGUCUUCACCAGAUGAAUCAAUGAAACCCAUCUCUAUCAAUAUUUAG